AUGUCAGAGAAGCAGAGUGGCCCGGCUCCUCUGAGGAAAGCAUCCGGCAACAAAAACAUUAAGAAGCUCCGGACCAUCAGCCUGGUGUGCGGCCUGACGAGCAGCUGGCAGCAGUGGGUGACCGAAAAUGAGAAGAAGCAGGACAGUGAGCCCAGUGGCUGGGCCCCCGCCUCUUUAGGAGAAGGGGCUGGGGAGCCCAGGAAGCCAUGGGUCCAGAAGAAGCCUCCUGCUGUUUACUCCCAGCCAACCUCUGAUGGACGUGUGAUGGCUGAAACGUCCACUUCUGAUGGGGUCACGACCCCACCAGGUGAUCCAUUAGGGCCAUCCCGCAUCAGGACAAAGCAGGUGGAGAGGACGGUCAACAGCGGGGCUCAGGAGAAAAGUGCAGGAGUCGGGCUCCUGACUGAGAGGAUGCAGAAAGAGAGUCUGCCGUCGGCUGAAGAGAUUGACAGGCUGCUGAAGAAGAGGAGCUCGCCGACGCGCCGCAGGAAGUGCUCCAACAUGGUGUCCUCUCUGACCAGAAGCUGGAAGCAGGUGGAGAAUGAGCGAAACCUCGCUAAGGAGGGAGUGGGACAAGACAACAGGGGUAAACCCAGAGAUGCAGGGGAGGAGAGAGUGACUGUUGGCGAGUCUCAAAACCAAAGGGAGACUGUUUCAAAAGAAGAGGAGCACAAUGACUCCGAUGAAGAGUCGGUGAGGAUAAAAAGACCUCAAGUCUCCAUGUACAAAAAGGAGACGGAGGAUGCCAACAAGAUCAACGCCCUGUCCCACAAGUACAGCGCCGUGGGAAACCUGAAGAGCCGCUGGCAGAACUGGGCCGUGGAGCAUACAGUAAACCAGAAGCUGAACCCGUUCAGCGAAUACUUUGACCAUGACUACUCCAUGUCCCUCCGUCUCCAAAAAGGCCAGGAGGGUUACGGACGCCCCAAGGAGGGAACCAAGACCGCCGAGAGGGCCAAACGGGCCGAGCAACACAUCCAUCGGGAAAUAGACGACAUGUGUUACGUCAUCAGGACCAUGGCUGAUCCUGACCCGGAUGGAAAGACCCGCGUGACGUUUGGAGAGCUAUUCGACAGAUAUGUUCGGAUCUCUGAUAAGGUGGUGGGGAUUCUGAUGAGGGCCAGGAAGCACGGGAAGGUGGCCUUUGAGGGGGAGAUGCUGUGGCAAGGCCAGGACGACGGAGUGGUCAUCACUCUGCUGGUGUGA